AACACUUACAUGUAGUUCUUCUAUGUACCUUUUUUGUCGUCGUGUUAGUGACACCUUUGAAAUCCACGCGUACGGUAGGAACUGAAAAAUUGUUUCAAAAUGUAUAAGGAACUUGUCUUUCAAGUUUUAGUGAACGCAUAUGUCCUUAAAAAUAGAAAUGUAAAGCUCACCAAUUUGUUUCAGCAAAACAGGAAGUUACCAGAGGGGAAGCAUCUUGGCUGCUUUACGUACGUUUUGCCUUCGCUUCACGUCAUACACUGUGUGCAAGCUGAUACCCAAAGAUUUACAUGCGGGGCAGUGAUGCAAGCGAGCCUACGGGGAAAUAAUGAAGGCGUUGCUGCUUUUUGAAUAAAAAACAAGACAUGUUCUGAAGAAAUAAAGACCCCUUUGUUGUCUUUUCGUCCAUUAUGUGAAUGUUGGACGAUGCCGUGGCUGUUCCACACACAUACGCCGUGUGUAGUGGAUACUUUAUGGACGGCUGGACGAGGAAGGAGAGGCUGAAGCUGAAAGACUUAGGGGUUCAUAUCAGUCGUCAUGGCCACGAAUGACAACACUUCACCACCCGGAGUGGGAGAAAUCAUCCAGUUAAAUGUCGGUGGGUCAAGGUUCAGCACAUCCAGACAGACUCUGAUGUGGAUCCCAGACUCUUUCUUCUCUAGUUUACUUAGUGGAAGGAUUUCCACUCUUCGAGAUGAAACUGGAGCUAUAUUUAUCGACAGGGACCCAACAGCUUUUGCCCCGAUUCUCAAUUUUCUGAGAACGAAGGAACUGGAUCUAAGAGGCGUUAAUAUCAGCGUCCUGAGACAUGAGGCAGAAUUCUAUGGAAUCACUCCCUUAGUGCGACGCCUGCUGCUGUGUGAGGAAUUGGACCGUUCCUCAUGUGGUAGUGUCCUCUUCCAUGGUUACCUGCCACCGCCAGCCGUGCCAGCGCGAAAGUCCAGCCCUGCUUCAGCGUCCUCUAACGAGCGUCCAGGUCCGAGUGGAGCAGAGAGUUUUUCCCGAGUUGCGUCUCUUCCUGGUGCUGAAGAUACCAUCAAACUGGCUCCUGUCAUUGACCCAAGGAAGGUGUUGAUUAUAGCAGGACACCACAACUGGAUAGUGGCAGCUUAUGCUCACUUUGUCAUCUGUUACAGGAUUAAAGAAUCAACAGGGUGGCAGCAAGUGUUUACUUCCCCUUACCUUGACUGGAGCAUUGAACGGAUUGCACUAAACGCCAAAGUGGUGGGCGGGCCGCAUGGAGACAAGGAUAAGAUGGUGGCUGCAGCCUCUGAAAGCAGAAUUAUUCUCUGGAGCAUCCAAGAUGGAGGCAGCGGGAAUGAGAUAGGCGUAUUCAGCCUCGGCGUUCCUGUUGAUGACCUUUUCUUCAUUGGGAACCAGCUUGUGGCUACGAGUCACACAGGAAAGGUUGGGGUUUGGAAUGCCGUCACUCAGCACUGGCAGGUUCAGGAUGUGGUUCCCAUCACCAGUUGUGACACUGCAGGAUCUUUUCUGCUACUAGGCUGCAAUAAUGGUUCUAUCUAUUACAUAGACAUGCAAAAGUUCCCCCUGAGGAUGAAGGAUAAUGACCUUUUAGUGACAGAGCUCUACCACGACCCUUCAAAUGAUGCCAUCACAGCACUCUCCGUGUACCUCACUCCUAAAACCAGUGUGAGUGGGAACUGGAUAGAAAUAGCCUAUGGAACCAGCAGUGGGGCAGUGAGGGUGAUUGUGCAACACCCGGAGACAGUCGGAUCAGGUCCUCAGCUCUUUCAGACGUUCACAGUGCACAGGAGCCCAGUGACCAAAAUCAUGCUGUCUGAAAAACACCUGGUCUCAGUGUGUGCAGAUAAUAACCAUGUCCGGACGUGGACGGUGACCCGGUUCAGAGGGAUGAUUUCAACCCAACCGGGAUCCACCCCUUUAGCAUCAUUUAAAAUACUAUCACUGGAGGAGACGGAGAGUCAUGGCAGCUACUGCUCUGGAAAUGAUAUAGGUCCAUUUGGAGAGAGAGAUGACCAACAGGUUUUCAUACAGAAGGUCAUACCCAUCACCAACAAACUGUUUGUGAGGCUCUCUUCAACCGGGAAAAGGAUCUGUGAGGUGCAGUCAGUGGACGGCACCACCAUCACUUGCUUCAUGGUAAGGGAGUGUGAGGGUUCCAGUCGGAUGGGAUCCCGACCGCGACGCUAUCUGUUCACGGGACACGGCAAUGGCAGCAUCCAAAUGUGGGAUCUGACCACGGCGAUGGACACGGCCAACAAAGGAGAGGAGAGAAAGAAAGACGAUAUAGGAGGACCAACCGAGGAGGAGCUGCUGCAGCUGCUGGACCAGUGUGACCUGAGUACUUCUCGCUGUGCAACGCCAAACAUUAGCCCCGCCCCAUCAGUCAUGCACCACACACAGCUCAGAGAGUCCUGCUCCAGUCUGCAGUUACAGGCACCGGAGCCCAUUCCCGAGAGCCAGGCCACUUAUGGAGCCGUGCGGCCCUACAGAGAGAGCCCCCUGCUGGCUCGAGCUCGCCGGACCGAGUCUUUCCACAGCUACAGAGACUUCCAGAACUUCAGCUUGAGUCGGGGAGGUCUGGACCAGACGGGUCAGACGUCCUGCCAAGGCUCCCUCCAGGCUGCUGAUGCGCGCCGUUCCUUCUGCGACUUUGGACCUCAGGACAUUGAGAGGAGACCCUCAAUUAUGGAGCUUUGGGCUUCCCGCACCAACAGCGUAAGCUCCAGUUCCACCGUCGGGGGGUUUUCGGUGACUAAAGCAGAAGGCAGUCAUGAAUCGCCACGGCAACCUCCAGACAGCCCAGUUCCAGGAGGGGACGUCAGGCAAAAAGUGCACGCUCAGCUGGAGGAGGGGGAUGCAGGGGGAUCUGGAGGUGACGGCGUGAAGGCGGAGGGAGGCGUGAAGAAGAAAGGAGUGUUGGAAGGAGGCUUUCUGGGCAGAAAGAGGGCUCCCCCUGUUCCCCACUUUUCCCUUCCAUCCGGAUCUGAAGGUGGAGGCAGCGACUCAUCUGCAAACGCCUCGCCCUCUCCAACCAAACUAACUGCCUCCACCUCCCCACGGCAGAAGAAGCUGGCGGCUGAAGCCUCCAGUCAGGACAGCAGCCUGUAACAGAGCCCCCCCAAUCCCAGACAAUGGCUGAACUUCAGCCUGAAUUUACAAACUAAAAGAGAAACAAAAGUUCCAGUCUUGGUUUGGGGAGCCCACAAACCUAAAAACUAUCAUGUUUACUCAUCCCUACAUGAAGGGGGAACAUCUCAACACUAAUAUCACGACAUCUCAAACCGAGCAGGAAAAUAUCUGACUGCAUAUCAGCUUUUGGAGUUUAGAUCAUCUCUGUUUUUCGGCGUUGAUGUUUGCAUUUUUAGGUUUAUGCUGCGUCCUGAUGAGCUGAUGAAAGGAUUGUGUCGCUGCUACUCACACAAAGAUUUGUUAUCCAAACACAUCAGAGGUCAUCUAUUAGAUUGACCGUUUCAGGAAAUCAUCUACUCCAUUUAAGUAGAAGUUUUGAUGUUUGACCAAUGAGACGAAGACCUGACUGAUCUGAAAUCAGAGAUCAUUGCAGUAUGUGUAAUUGUUGUUAACUAAAACACUUCACUUUAGCUAGGAAUGAGCAGUUACUUGAAAGCCUUUACUCCUGUAGACAGACGUGUUUGUUACAUAGAAAGACACUGAUGGAUUGCCUAAGAAUACUCUGAGAUAGUUUUUAGCGAUUUCCUUCAAUACUUUAUUUAUUUAUACUACACAGAAUCACACCGAGUGUCAAGUUUUUACCCAUUUAUUUGCAGAAAUAGUCUUUCAAAAGACAACUACAGUGAUUCUGCAGUGAUGCCGUGCAUGAUCCCACUACAUUUUUUGAUAAAUAUUUUUUUAGCGUUCGCCACUUUCAACCUGCACUCGAUAAAAAGAACCUGCAAAUACACUUUAUCACUAUAACCCUCUCAAAGCGGGCUUUAUAAGUAUUGUUUAGUGCAGCAUGGCUGUUGCAGUGCCUUACUUAGCCGUGUUUGUGUCUUAGUUGAAACAUUGUGUGACCAAAGGUUGGCGACGGUGGAGAUGAUGGUGAAGUGACAGGAAAAGGACCUUAAUCUAACUUUGACUGGAGAAAAAAUACAACAUCUUCACAGCAGGUUUUAGUAAACUAUAGUUGUAAGGAAGCUUGUAACGUCUGGGGAAAAAAGGGAUCUGGUACGAUGUGAACUUUUUUUCCCCACAUGAACCAGAGCACCAAACAGAAGCAGCUGAAUGGGAUGUUUUCUAUGAAGGCCAAAAACUGUCGAAGUAAUUUGUGAAGGUUUAUCAACAUUUGAGCUUAGCGCUUCAUUAUCUGCAGUAUUUCAUCUCCAAGCAUCAAAGUGGAUCAAAUCCAGCAGCUGUUGAACAUCUUUCUCAGUUUAUUUCUUCAGAACAUUCGCGACAAUGUUGGUGCUGUUUGUACCCAGAUGGAAAGGAGGAUGCACUAACAGUACUGACAGCUGAUGAACCUUAGUUCAAAAAUAUGCAUUCAUGUGUGUGACGACGUGUUUACGUGAACGUACUGAAUUCAGUCCCUGAAAUGUUUGCUUCCAAACUGCAACAAAAACUGGAAUCUGUAUUUAUGUAUAUUUGUUAACAUGUAUUUAUAGAGACAUUAAUAAGAAAGAUCAUCAGUAUCUUUCCAUCUAAACUUAAUGCUACAGAGGAAAAUACAGGUAAUCGGUAAUUAGUUGACUAUUAAAAUAUUUUUUUUUGGCAGCCAAGUUCAAGUUGGGAAAGUUUUUGACUAUUUCACAUAGUGUAAACUUUUCUCUUUCACUCAUUUGGCUUUAUUUGCAUAAAUCUGGGGUCUAAACACAAUAAUUCCCCCAAACAUCUUUCAGUUUCAUAACACACAGAUCAGUUAUUGUUGCAUUUUGGAAAAAAAUAAAACCUGUCUUGUAAAUACAUGUUCAUAUAUAGUCUGUAUUUAUGUGAUCAUGUGAUGGACCUAAAUACUUUAACCUUUGCACUACACAAAUUAACACUUGCUAGUGUUUAUACUAAUAUGGUUUUCAGAAUGCAGUUGUUUUGUUGUCUCUAGUUAUGUUUACAUCCUAAUGUUCAUAAACUAAACAUAUCAGUCCAUUUAAACUUUCAUGUAUACCAUUUCUUUUUUAAAUGUGUUUGUAUAAAAUGCCUCGUAUCCUAAUAUUAUUUAUAGCUGCUGUCAGAACUGAUGAUGAUAUUAAGCCACGCACUUUACAGCUUUGAUUUGUCCGUUUUUACUUUUCUUUCUCAAACUUCAUUUUUAUCCCACUUUUGAAUUCAAAUCUCCAACUUUUCAUCCGUGGUGCAUUCAAGUGCAUGUUGUAGCACCCAAAACAUUGCAAAAGAGAUUGUUUUAUAUGUAUAGUUACAUAUAUUUUUAGGAUGAGGUUUUUUUUUUUUUUUAAACAGCUUUAUAGUGACAGUUUUGUUAAUAUUUUCCUUUUUUGAAGUGCUUUGUUUUUGAGCAUCACCGUGUGCGCUUUUUUGUUUUUUGUCCCCCUCACACUUUCAUUUCACUAACCUUCCUGCUCAGACAGUCUCCUCUCUACGACGGCGUCUGUCGUCGUUGUGAUUUAUGAGUUUAAUAAAAGCGUGUGUGUGUGCAUGCACAUUUGUAUACGUAGCUCAGGGCCAUACUGUCCCUUACAAUCACUCCACAAGCUCUCUGUUCACAGCCUCUCCCUCCCGCCGUGGCUGACAAUAGCUGUGAAUGUGGCUGAGAAUGGUUUGGAAGUGCCCUUGUCAGAUUGGCGUCCUUGAGUGAGGGCACAGUUGUUUCUGCCAGUUUGUUAAUUUCAAACUUGCCUCCGCGUCCCCUAAAGGAGCAAAAACUAAAUUACGGUUGUAUAGUUUUGACGCAGACACCGGCCCCGCUGUGUGUUUGUGUGAGUCUGUGUACAGCUGCUGGCACAUCUGUGUUGUACAAAUGAAGCAAAAAGAAGUCCUGAACUGACAUGGCAGGAACAGGAGUUUCUGUAAGGAGUCAUUUCGGCUGAGUUUGACCAUUUUUAGGAUUAUAGGAAAUCUUGUGUGCACAUUAUUUAAAUCUCCAAACAUAUAAACAACUAUAUCAACAUGGAAUUGAUGCUCACUAAUCACUCAAAUAUUUUUAAGUUAUUGUGCCUUUUUUUCUCUUUUUUUAAGUGUGUUAACAUGGUUCACUUAAUCCUGUUUCCUUUCACAUUGUCACUUUUAAAAACAAAAACAUCCGUUACAGUUUAAUGAAAUAAAGAAUGGUGACAGCUUGA